AUGACGAACAUUACUCCGGAGACGAGGAUAAUGAUGAUGCGGGGGGAGGACGGGAGGCAGGGCUAUAGACGACAGAUUCUGGCAGCCCUGGCAGUGUCCCUCGGUCCCUUCGCGGCUGGACUGAGCAAGGGGUACAUGUCGCCAGCUAUAGCGUCCAUGCAGGAUGCGAGGCAUCACAAUGACUCUUUCACAGUGAGCGAUCAGCAGGCUAGCUGGAUUGCUAGCUUGAGUUUACUUGGUGCCCUAAUCGGCGGUAUACUUGGCGGCAUGGCGAUGAGAAUCGGCCGGCGUUCGGUCCUGCUCAUGACAGCAUUGCCGUACACCGUGGCUUGGCUUGCGACGGCGCUGUCGACCAGUGUCGAUAUGAUAUCAGUGACCUCGUUCUGCGGUGGCAUGAUCGUCUGCUGUAUAACCAUGAUUACUCAGGUUUACGUAACAGAAAUAGCCGUGCCAGAAAUAAGAGGUCUUCUCAGUUCGGUAUUAAAGAUAUUAAGUCAAAUUGGAUUUCUCAUAUCUUUCUCUCUCGGAGCUUAUCUGAACUGGCAGCAACUGGCUCUGGUCGUCGCAGCAGCGCCAGUCCUUCUCUUCUUAGCUCUUUUAUUCAUCCCGGAAACUCCUUCUUCUCUUCUUCUCCGAGGAAAAGAAGAAGAGGCGGCGGAAUCUCUCCAAUGGUUGAGAGGCCCAGAUGCUGAUAUUCGACAGGAAUUAGCUACGAUCAGAACGAAUAUUUUAGCGAGUAAGCAAUACAAUGAUGGAAGGGCAGGAAGGUUCAAAGUACUGCUAUCAAAACGCUUAACAAGGCCAGUCUUAAUUACUUGUGGUCUAAUGUUCUUCCAAAGGUUUACUGGCGCGCAUGUUUUCAACUUUUACGCUGUACCAAUGUUUAAGAAGACUUUCAGGAUGAUGAACCCUCAUGGUGGCGCUAUUGCCACCAGUGUCGUUCAACUCCUAGCUUCCUGUCUCUCUGGAAUGUUGAUUGACAACGUCGGCAGAUUGCCCUUACUUAUGAUCAGCGGCGUUAUGAUGUCUAUAGCUUUCGCUGGUUUUGGUUCUUACGCCUAUUACGAUUACGUCUUCCGAAAUACAACAGAUCUAACUCAAACGGCACCGGGCUCUUACGAUUGGAUACCAUUGUUGUGCGUUCUUACAUUUACAAUUGCAUUUUCUCUUGGUAUCGGUCCCAUAUCCUCGCUCUUAAUUGGUGAAUUAUUUCCUUUAGAAUACAGGAGUACCGGAAGUGCACUAGCGACUAGUUUCAGCCAUCUUUGUGGUUUCGUUAACGUCAAAACUGCUGCAGAUUUCCAAUAUUACAUAGGCUUACAUGGUUUGUUUUGGAUGUACGCAGGGCUAUCUGUCCUUUGCCUUCUCUUUGUUGUCCUUUUUGUGCCAGAAACCAAAGGCCGCGAAAUAGACGAAAUGGACCCGAAGUAUGUCGAAUCAUUAUGUAUUAAUCGAUAGUAUUGUGUGAAACUAGUGUUAUGGUUGCAAAUAUAGACUGAAUUUCUUUGUAGUUAGUAGUAUCUACAAAGGCACACGUGAACACUGUGCUGUAAUUGCACUGAGUUCUGAGAAAACAGCCUUCAUCCAGUAUUAUUUUUAGUAUACAUUUUUUAGUGUUUUCCAACAGUGCCUUAUCGUUCAGUGUGUGUAGUUCCUCUUCCGUUAGCAUCACAAGCUUUAUAUAUAUGAUAAAUAAAACUAGUUUAUGGUUUUUAGAGAUUUGAAUAAUUAUUUUUGUAUUCAUCUAAAAUGUAGGAAAUAAAAUGGUGUAGAUAUAUCAUAGAAUACAAAAGAUUCACAGAUGUAUUUCUAAGCAUAUUUGUUAAAAUAUUACAAGAUCUGUUAUAUAAUGUUACAAAUAUGUAUUUAUAUAUAUUUACUCAUGUAAAUACAAAAUAGAGUAGAGUAUUAUGUAAAUUGUGGUAUAUUAAAUGUGAUCCUUGCAUAUUGUCAGCAGUAUUGACCUGUAGUCUAUAAAUUUUUGUACAAACAUUUUUAUCAAAAUGUAUAUACAAAAUCGUUUGUUUUAUAUUCAUCUAUAAAAUUUGUCUGUUGUGAUAACGUUUCAAAUUGUAGGUAAUAUUUUUAAAUGUUAUGUAUACUUCAAUGUUGAUAUUAACAAUUAAAAAUGAUGAACAGAAUUGAAAAAA